CAAACGGAAUGAAAUUAUUUAUCAAAAUUCCGCCUUUGACUUGACAUAUUCUAUUCAUGCACUCGAUAGACAUAGAACUUUAAAAACUGAUUAAAUUUAAAAUAGCCAUUUAAGGAGUGUAAAUGUGACAAUGGCCUUAAUAAAUCAAUUAAAUACUUUGCGAUUGGAUUAUUUGGACCAUGGCUGGGUGCAAGCUAUUUACAAUUCGGAGUUUCUGGAGUUCGAUGAUUUGCCGCCAGAAUAUGAGAAUAUUAUGGAGGCUUUAGAACUGACCACUUUAUUUAAAGAUAUAAUACGUUCAACUGAAAAUUGGUUAAACUCAGAAGAAAUACCUCCAAAUGAAAGGACUUGGGCUCAAUUAUCUCAUUUAAUUCCUUACAAAAAGAUUUUAGCUAUCAUAGCAUACUACUUAGAUCGUGGAUGCAAAAACAUUGAUAUCAGAGAAUACAGAAAUGAGGCAUUAUUAGCAUCUCGAGUUUACUACAAGUUGCUGUCAAUACCAGGAUACAAAGCUUAUAAUAUAUACCACUCACAACUGUUUGCCCAGUCACUUACGUGUUUGGUAUUUCCAAAAACUAUGUCUUUGCAUAGAAGCAACCUCAGCCCCAGGGCUCUUACGUCAGAACUUAAUUCCCUGCUGGCCGACUUGGUAGCAUAUGUUGCAGAUUUGAAAGCUGUUGUUGGCAGUUUACACCUGUCUCCAACAGAUAUGAAUUUUGAAGAUAUUUUAAGCAAUUUGGUAGAUGUGACUAGCUGCGACAUAGUCACUAAAAAUAACAUAGAUAAAACAAGUCUUCAAAAUAUAAUUGGCAUGAUAUUGGGUAUUAUCGACGGCUUAUUGCAAACAUCGAAUAAAGAACCAAAUGAAAUUGCAAUAAUGCUGCUGUUUAAAUGUAUGAUACCCAAGUUGACAGCAUCAUGUAUGGAACACAAGAGUUCCGAGAAUUUAACUCAAUCAGCAUAUGUGACAUAUUCAUUUUUGAUAAUAACUAAGUAUGGCACAUCAGCAAUACCAAGUUAUGCAUUGAUGAUUGAGUAUUUAUGCUACACUGCAGAUGGGCUGGAACGCUAUGAAGUUCGCGAGCGGAGAGCUGAAUUAGUUGUAGGUUUGAUGUCCGCUUUGACUCCACUGCCUUUCAAAAAGAUCUUUCAAUGGAUAAUAGAAUUAUCCAACACAGCGAAACUGGUACAUCGACAGGUUGCAGUGGAAAUUAUGUCUCAUAUGAUAGAAAAAGAUAUUAAAGAAACUCCUCCAGAACAUGACAGGGAAUCAGUUUUAGCUGAUACAUUGGAUGAAUCUCAACCAACCAACACUGCAGUUGAACAAAUGAAUGACAGCAGCCCUGACUCAGGUGAUAAUAUUAUAAUGGCCUGCCAACAGACUAGUGCAGUAGACGGGCCAGGGCUUCCACUUUCGGAUGUGGAAAGACUGAGUCUACUACAAGAACGACGACAUAGGGUGCCAUACUCGGAGAUCUUUCGCGCGGUAUUCGACCGAGUGAACGAUGACUCGGGAUCAUUGCGACAGCGCGCUCUCGGAUUCUUUACAUACUGUCUGACCAUCGAACGCCCAGUGAUGGUUAAUGCUAUCAAGGAAGUGAACGGGCCGGGCGCGGUGCCGCGGCUGCUGGUGGCGGGCGCCCGCAGCGCGUGCGACGAGCGCGCCGUGGUGCGCAAGGCGGCGGCGCUGCUGGUGCUGCGCCUGCUCUGCUCGCGCUGCAUACCCGAGCCCAGGCCUGACGACGUACUUGUCCUGGUGAACCUGUGUCGCGACGCGAGUAUAAUAGUGCGGACGGCUGCUAUCAGCGGUUUGGGCGAGCUGGUGGUGCUGCAGCCCACGGACGUGGUCGUAGAGGCCUUCCUCACCGGCCCCAUGCAUCAGGUCACUGACCCUGAAGCAAAAGUACAAGAACAAGUGCUGAAUCUAAUUGAGGAUGUACUAAUCAGACGAGUGAGUCUAUUUAGAGGGCCAGAUAAGGAAGACCCGCUGCCGUGGUUGAUUCUUGCUGGCAUAUUGCGCCGGAAAAUGAAGAGACACUUGCAGAAAAUCUGCUUUAUGAUGUCCAAGUCAUCUCAAUGCAUCAAUCACCGUCUCGUGGACAAGCUGAGCAGCCACCUGGGAGCGCUGAGCGACGAGCGCGACGUGCAGUGCUUGCUACUGCUCACCUGCGUCGCCAGGCACGUCGACUAUCCCGACGUGGGAUUCGUACUCGACUACUACUACAAACUCACUGAUAAUGAAGAUCUGCAUGACGUUCGAGCAUUAUCGCUAACGCUAGACCUGUUGGGUUCGUGGUCACGGUUCGUGCUAUCACACGAUCGAACUCUGUUGCGGGAUCAUCUCGUUCGACGUCUAGCUGCAGCAACGGAUGAUGGAUGCCGAAUAUGGAGCGCUCAGCUGGCAGCUCAACUAGAUUUUGAUAAUCUAUCAUGGGCCACAGAAAUGAUGCAGUUGUCGGAGCGUCGCGUGGCGGAGUCGGGCGACGUGCUGGAGGCGCUGCGAGCCGCCGACCUGUCGCUGGUGGCGCCGGCGCCGCCCUCGCCAGUGCUGCUCAAGUUCUUCCUCAACGCGCUCAACGAUCCGCCACCAGAGUGGGACGAGGUAGUGUACGGGUCCUUGGUGGCGGGCGCGGGGCGCAUGUGUGUGCGCGAGCGCGAGGCGGCCGCGCAGGUGGCGCCGCUGCUCGCCGCGCUGCUGUCGCGCCCGCGCGAGCCGCUCAACGUGCGCCUCAACUGCUUCGCCGCGCUCAGCGACAUAUGUGCCAGGUACGUGACUGCGCCGCUGCUCGCCGCGCUGCUGUCGCGCCCGCGCGAGCCGCUCAACGUGCGCCUCAACUGCUUCGCCGCGCUCAGCGACAUAUGUGCCAGGUACGUGACUGCGCCGCUGCUCGCCGCGCUGCUGUCGCGCCCGCGCGAGCCGCUCAACGUGCGCCUCAACUGCUUCGCCGCGCUCAGCGACAUAUGUGCCAGGUACACGUGCAUAGUGGAGCCGCUGCUGGGCUCGAUGUGCGGCUGCCUGUUCACGGAGGCGCCGGCGCCGCUGCGGCGCAAGGCGGCGCGGGAGCUCACGCGCCUGCUGCUGGGCGGCUUCCUGCGCCUGCGCACUCCGCUCUACUACCGAUACUGCGCACUCUUGGCGGACGAAGACGACGAUGUUCGCGAGCCGGCCGAGUACUACGUGACGUGCGGCCUCACUACUGACUCGAUCUACCAUCACUUUGUAGAGUGUGUGCUCUAUUAUAACCACGAAGAGAAAGAUCGCAUAGAUUUCGACGACCGUCAAUUGAUCUACGACGUGAUGCUACAACGCAUGUCGAUAGUACAAAAGCUUAACAUUCAGUGUCGCCUCGCGCGGGAAGUAUUGGAGCAUGCCGCCGAUCUGACCGACGAAGGCGAUGGGGAACUACCCCCAGAAAUUAACGCCGCCCUACUCGACACUAUCACUUUACUAUGUGGACCUAGGAUGAAACUACCUAAAAAACAAAAACCGUCCGAGGUGAAUGACAUAGACGAAUUGCAGGAGCGUGUCACCAAUAACAUUGUCUCUCAUAAAAUGAAGAUCACCGUAGCGGAGGUGUUAGUACCCGCGGUGCUGAGAUUGCACUCGCGGCUCAAGUCGCGAGGCGGACAGAUCAACACCUAUCUCAUUCACAUUGCUAGUGACUUGCUGAAGGAUUACGAACUAGAGAUCAAGGAGUUAUUUGAAGACAACGUGGAGCUGAUGAAGUCCAUCCAGCUGUUCCAAGAGACGAUCGGCCUGGAGGUGACGUUCGGCAACGUGCGCAACCUGGUGACGUCCACCGCGCCCGCCGAGCCCGACACCCCCCGCGCCCCGCGCAAGCGCCCCCGCCCCCCGGCCCUCACCCCAAGGAAGCGGGCCCUGCGCAUUUGACACCCGUACUUGACCAUAGACCUCGACGAUAUGCCCAUCUACGACGACUUCCGCUCCAGAAACAUCACCGUACGGUCUCUGUCCGCAUCCGACACUUCAGACAAUGAACGGUCGACACCUGCUGAUGAAUCGGCUAGGUCUGACCGGGCGAGUUCGCGUAACCAGCUACCGGU